AUGACACAUUUUAUAUGGGAUUGUGUAGGUGUUCCGUUAGACCCCAGUCCACCGCCGAAAGCGCCAUCACCUAAGUCACGUAAGAAGAAUGGUGAAGAAGCGAGACGUCUGGAGGAAUUGAGACUGGCGGAGGAGAAACAACGUGCUGAGGAGGAAGCUAGGUAGAUGUGGAUGUAUAUUAACUAGUUGUUAUUCUCUAUAAUUUUUAGUAAGGGUCAUCUCUUAUUGAUCCAGUGUUACCACAGGAAGAAACCUAAACUAAGCUAAUAUUAUUAUAAUAUACUGGAUAGCUCUAUCAGUUCUGAACUUUUUUCACUACAGGUACGAGCGAGGGUCGUCUCUGAUUGAUUCAGUGUUACUACAGGAAGAAACCUCAACUAAGCUAACUUUACUUAUGCUGGUUAGUUCUAUCAGUUCGGAACUUUUUUCACUAGAGGUCCACUGAGGGUCAUCUCUGAUUGAUCCAGUGUUACUACAGGAGGAAAUCUCAACUAAGCUAACUUUAUUUAUGCUGGUUAGUUCUAUCAGUUUUGAACUUUUUUUCACUAGAGGUAUAGUAAGGCGAAUCUUGGUCGUCUCUGAUUGACCCAGUUGAGGAAACCUCAACUAAGCUAACUUUAUUUAUACUGGUUAGUUGUAUCAGUUCUAAACUGUUCUCCCUUGAAGUCUAGUAAGGCGAAUCUCUUACUGAUCCAGUGUUAGAGAAAACCUAAGGUGUUUUUGCUAGCGUCAGACUGGACGCACUCUUCUUACAUGUACUGAUAGCGAACUGUAUAUUGCAGGAAUAGAAGGGCGCAUGUGCUAACCACUUGACUCCAUCAUCAUAUAUUAUUAUUCAGUCCAUUAUUCUUCUCAUGUAAAUCUUAAUCAACUUUCUAGAAGACUGAAGGAACUCCAAGAAUCCGUUAAGAAACCAUUUCAUGAAAUAUUCGUGAGUUGUCCGGAUGGUUUGCACGUAUCGUAUCGAAAUGAUGAGAACUACGAAAGUGUCGAAGACUCUGGUGGUGUCGUUGUACGUCAGCGUUAUCCAUUCAAGUCACGUGGUCUUCAUGAAUGCGAGGCUGCACGUGGGACGGUGGCAAUGCGUGAAGUAUCGAGGUCUAUUAAGACAGACGGCACAGUUAUCAAGGUUGGGAAUUUGGUGUUACUAGUGCAGACUGCCUAUUUCUUGACGUAGAUUUAGCAGUAUAAAUAGAAUAACGCCUGUAUUCUUAAAGCUCACUCACACUCAAUGAGUGAAGGUUCAACCUGAGCUUCCCUUGCGUGUCAAUGCUGUUUUUGAAUAGUAAGGUAUGACACUAGCGCUCCAGCUAUUCAAAAACAGCACUGACACUCGAGAAAAGCUCAGAUUGAACUUCCACUCAUUGAGUGCGAGUGGGCUUUUAGAAUACGGGCGUAAGUUUAAGUUUCCCCUUGUAGCAAAGCUGAACAAAUAUAGGGUUGCCCGUAAUCGUUUCCUCUUUAGUAACACUGAAUCAAUAGGAGAUGACCUCUAAUUAACCUCUAAAGAGAACAGUUUAGAGCUAACAUAUGGAGCAAUCUACUAUAAAUAAAGUUAGUUGGAUAACCAAAUCUCAAGCAGAUCUAUUAUCUCGUUGAAGCUGAUGCUGGAUAAUUCAAUUGAAAUCCUGUAUCCAGACGGUUCAACCAGUACCUGCCCUGUAUAUCCUGCGAAAUCAGACAUCCCCACUGAACGUCCUUCGCUUGAACCCAGUCCUCAACAGCCGACUCGUAAAGGACAGACAAACAAUACCGUGAUCACGUCAUCACAUGACGAAGCAGAUGACCAAUUGGAAACGAGUUCUGAGCUAAGCGCGCAAUGGACGACAGUUACUACUGAUGGUGAAAGAUUGAUGCAAAGUCUUGAUGGGAGCGAAAGGUAUCUCGAAGCAGUCAAGCUGUCGGUUGCUGCAUGCCCCGUCACUCAUCAGGUAAUCAUAGAACAAGAGGAUCCAGCGUAGGUAGUAAGCUGCCGGGGUUUGCGUAUGAACUUCUGAACUACUUGAAAAAGAUACCUCAAUCGUGGUGGUCCAGUGUAGGUAGUAUUCUACAAUAAGCUGUCGAGGUUUGUGUCUGAACUACUUGAAAAGAUAUCUCAAACGGGUGGUCCAGUGUAGGUAGUCUACAAUAAGCUGUCGUGGUUUCUGUCUGAACUACCUGAAAAAGAUAUCUCAAACGUGGUGGUCCAGUGUAGGUAGUAUUCUACAAUAAGCUGCCAUGGUUUGUGUCUGAACUACCUGAAAAAGAUAUCUCAAACGUGGUAGUUUAGUGUAGGUAGUAUUCUACAAUAAGCUGUCAUGGUUUGUGUCUGAACUACAUGAAAAUAAUAAGUGAUGGCCAAUUUAAUAUUUUUCUAGCAUAGUUCAACGAUUUUCCUCAUCUGUAAUAAAGUCAAUCUUCAAAUUAUUAACUCAUUAGUGUUUCCAUAUCUAGGUUUACAAAACGAGAGAAGAUAAUGUUAUUACAAUCAUCCGGCCAGACGGCACACAGAUCGUGGAACACUCGGAUGGUACUCGUAUUACUACGUACUACGAUAUUGUCCGAACUGAAAUUCGGGCUGCUGACGCGGAAACUGGCGAGGAGGCUGAGUACGAGUCACACGUAUGUAAACAUGUUAAGGUGGAGUGUGAAGGUUUUGCCACGGUUGUCAUGGAGACAGAACAUGGUUGUGCUCGAACGUUAUUUGGAAAUGGUAGCAGUAUAAAUACAGAGGCGAAUGGCGAGUGUGUUGUUGAGAAGAGUGAUGGAUCGAAACUUUGUUUUGAUAUCAAAGGUACACUGUGUUGUUUUGUGUUGUCAUGUAUCUUGGGUUUCAGUACCCAUUACAGCCUAGGUGUUUUACAGCCAACAUAUUGUGGUCAUUGAAACUUGUGACACUUAUUGAAGCAAGUGAAUCGAACUAGAUCUUUUACUUUUCGGUCAUCAAGUGUAAAACUACUACACAUAGUAAAAAUAAUUUAUAUUAUUUUCCCACCCUGAUAACUAUCGGUUGACCACUAUCUGUUGCACGAUGGUGUUUGGCCAAAUAUAACCUGUUGUAUUCUAUUCUGUUGUACUUUAUUCUAUUAUCUAUUGUAUUGCAUCAUUGUCUGUUAUAAUAUAUUGUUAUAAUACAGUAAAGUCCCGCAUAAAAGAACCAGUAGGUUAUGAACCACAAGCCUAAAAUUUGGGCAAUUAAGCACCCAAAAUACAAGUUUUUAAAGUUUAGAUAUAUGUAACAAGAACCAUAUUAGUGUCGUAGCAAUAGUUUUAUGUAGAAUAGAAGAAAGUAUAGUGUGAAGUAAGAUUAUAUAAGAAGCACUUCAGAAUACAAAACAAUGGAAACUCCGAAGAAAUUCAUAUUUAAAAAUUCAACGUUUCGACUACUGUUGAGUCAUCAUCAGGAAUUAUGAAAGCUACUAAAAUUUUACAAUAACUUGUAAAAUUUUAGUAGCUUUCAUAAUUCCUGAUGAUGACUCAACAGUAGUCGAAACGUUGAAUUAAAAAUAUGAAUUUCUUCGGAGUUUCCAUUGUUUUGUAUUUUAUUAGAAUACUCAGUGGUUAUCGAAAAUUUAAGCACUUCAGCCUGAAGUCAAAAUUCACUGGUUCUUUUAUGCGGGGCUUUACUGAAUAUUACAACUAUUAGUAGCAUACGGUACUCAAAACCAUUGUUUCGAUAAUAUUCAGGUGAUAUCGCAUACGUUCCCCGGGAACUGUCCAGUUGUGGUUCUCGUGGUUUGAGUAGUCUCAGUGAUAGCUGCUGCACAAACCACCGUGGUGUUUACUUGCUACGAACAACUUCACAACAUUGCUGUGAACUCCUCGAUCAACAUGGCAAUGUCUUCUCAGCGUACAGUAAUGGUGAGAUAAAGAUCAGUGAAUCUGAAGACAAUGUCGCGAAUAUUUCUGGAAACGGUAAGUUUAAGGUCCUGCCUUGGUAGCGCAGUGUUAACGUUCAUGUGUUUUUAGCACCUACGACAUCAUUGCCUGAUCCUAGUUUUCUCCGUAUAAUUUCAUCUAAGGCCCGUGUAAGAAUCGGCUUCAAGUUUGAAUCUAUCAAACACCGUGGCUUUCUCCAGAUAUUCCAGUUUCCUCCUGUAGUAAUUGUUGGUUAUACUCCUGUACACGGCUAAAAACGCACCGGUUGUUCCAAGUUGUGAUCGACAGGUGUGAACAAUGUUGUGCGGCCAACUACGAACAAGUUGUCAACCAUGUUGUUCCAACUUGUUACAGUUGAACAAUGCUGUAACAACAUGUUGACAGUACUGUUCAUAGUGGGCCGCACAACCUUGUUCAUGCCUGUUGAUAUCAACCUGGAACAAGUUGUUGAUUUUCUCAAUUUUUACGCGUGUAGUGGCAGCUGGUAACAACUGCAGCCUCCAGGGAGAACAAUUUAGAACUGAUAUAGCUAUAGUUUAGUUCAGUUCAGUUCAUAUAAAAAGUCACCAUAGUGAUUCAGCAUUCAAGGUUUUGACUCAAAUAUUUUCCUCACUUUAGACAAUAACGAAGCAUCACUUGGCGUUGAUGCUCUUUCAAGUCUUUCUAACGCAGGCCAUGUCCCUCGGUUCUUCGUGAUGCGCCGCGAUGGUACUGGGUACGAGUUAUUACGUCAUCGUGACGUCAAUGAAUACUUGAAGGCAGCCGAAGAUGAGGUCACUACAGCAGUUUUGAGAACGCCUGUGGAAGGUUUGCCUGGUGUCACUGGAAUCACUGUGUUAAAGCCAUUUUCAGGUAAAACUCUUUGUUGUUGUAAUAAAGGUCUGGGUCUGGCAAAUAUUUCUUACAUCAAUAUUAUCUACUUUGUGCAAACAUGGCUAAGAAGCAAUGUUUCAGCGCUGAUGAGUGUCCUCUGGGCUUUAGCAGGGAAUAUUCCCUGUUUCAAGGAAAAUCUCGCUAGGUACCUGGAGCAACACGAUUGUCCUAUUUGCAAAUAUUUUCCAUCCAGAAAUCUUCGACUCUCUUCUGUUGUGUGAUCCCUAUUAAGGUGUCUGUGGAAGAGACCAAUCUAUCUAGUACUUCAGAUACCAAACAGAGGUAUAAUGAUGAUGUGACAUUGACUUAAAAUGCUUGAGUGAGAUGAUUUCGUUUUCUUCCCUAGGUGGUGUCGGUAAAACAUGGAUGAAAGAAAAGGACGAAGCGAUACUUAUACCAGUGGGUUUACGUGAGAGAGACUUUAAAAUGUUCCCAGCUAAGGAAUUUAAGAAAGUCGGACCAAAUUUUGGUUCCAAUGCAGGUGGGUUGUACGGAAAGGAAAUUGAAAAUGUGAGACUUCGAAGAAGGUAGAGAAGACCGUUUUAUAUGUAACAAGUUCUGUUUGUUUAUUUUAGGCUCAGGUCUCAACGUUGGUAAUAUGAGGAAGACUGUGCAUAUUAAACCUCAGAUAACAUGCCCCAAAGUUUUGGUCUUACGUCAUUUAAUCCAAUACGAGCCUUCAGACAGUACACAUCGUCAGACCAUUUCAGCGGCAUUUCAACAGUAUGGUGAUUACGUCACUAAACUUCAACUUCAAGCCGACGGCUGUUUGCCACAAGAAUCACGUGAUACUGAGGAAGUGGAAAGAGCAAAUAUAUUGGCGAGCAAGGUAAUUGAACGUUCUCGCUACAGAUGUCCGACCAACUUUUGUGUGCACAGGCCGACUACGACUAGUAUCACCUAACGCCGGCCAACGGAAGUAAACAGGCUACUUCCCACCUGGAUUACAGUUCCAUAAUCCUUCUUUACAUGUUUCUGUCAAUCAUUGAUGUUUUAGUUCGUGUUUAAGGUCGUCAGUGUAGACCUCCCUCGUCCUAGCAACUUCAUGUUGUCGCAUAUCGACUCGUUUCCUCUUCUAGAUACCAAACAUUCACAUUUAUAAUAUCUUGUGUAUUUGUAUCUAAAUUUUAUCAUUUUCUAGCACGAGCCUGUAAAAUCAAACAAACUACAAGUGACCAGUAACAAAGAUGGUAAGUAAGUUUUUAAUCUUUCUUUGCUUGGUUCCAUGACCUCGUCAGCCUCAAGUUCAUGCUUUUAUUUCGUGUAUACUCGUGCAAAUUUGGGAAGUGUUUAUUGUAAACCGUUUCCCCUUCUCUCGUCCCCAGGUUUGUGUCAAGACUACCUGAAGUCAGUCACUCCAGUAGAUCAACCCCUUCCUCCAGCGCCCGUGUGGAAACGUUCGCCUGCCGUGUGGGAACGAGAUCGUAUCGAGUUAGCAAAAUUAGAUUAUGGGAAACAUGCGUUGCGUUACCAAGAGGUGCCACCGUAUUUUGAAACCGCGCAAGGUUUGUCAUCAAAGACUUCUUCGUCUUGUUAACGUCUUCGAAACUUGUAUUAUUCAUAUUUAGUUGCCCUGACACACGGUGACUUGAACCGAUUCAGGUUUGUCACAACAGGGUGUCACAACAAAAAGAGUGACCCUUUAGAAAUCACGCUUUUGUUGUAAACACCUAAACUUCAUUACCUCUGAGAGUUAAGAAUGCAUUGUAAUUGUACGAGCAUGUUAAAUAAAAUAUGUAGAUAAAAUUGUAUUCUCGUCUCUUUACAGGUCAAUCAUUUCUCACUGGUUUAAAAGCUGUUCCUGAUAUGACCAAACUUAGCGCUGACUUGGAUAAACAGGCGUGUCCAGCACGACCACCUACGGACCUGGAGAGCAGUAGAUCUAGCACUCCAGCUGAAACUAUAGAUCAGAACAAUGUUACUCAAGGUAUGUAGUUUGUUAGGUAAAGUCUUCUUUUGGUCGUGGCUGUCGUGAUCAAGUCAAGGUCACCAAUAUGAGAUAAUCUGGAUCUAUCUUGUCUUAUCUUUGAUGCAUACAAAGCAGUCUCACUGGAGAAAAAAAAUGUGAAAUCCAUACUACGAAAUUUGCAAGUUGCACCACUAAAUCCAUAGUAUAUCUAUACUAUUUCGAUACUAUAUCCAUAGUAAGUAGUUAAGUUAAGUAGUUUAGUUUAGUUAAGUGAAUAUUUAAUAGCAUUUAUAUAAUAAUAGUUUGUAUGUAUUAGUAAAUUAGACUUAAAAUUGUAACAGUUAGCCAGCACACCUCUCAUGGAAAUCAGCAUAAUGUUGAAUGAGAUUAGUGUGCCUGAAUAAAGUUGAUCUAUUUAUCUAUCUAUCUAUCUAUCUAAUUAUUAUGGAUAGCCAAAAUCCAUUCUAUUUCCAAUAAACAUCCAUACAAUUUCCAUUCUAUGACCUUCUAUGGAUUUUCAAAAAAAUUUCCAGUGUCUGGUACUCGUUGUACAGAAAUAUGGAUAGUGUAUUUCAUUUGUCAGCACAGAGAACCUGAGAGUGUCAGCUCAUAAAAGGUGACAGUUCGACUGAUUACAUUUUUUGUUUCAAUUCUUUAGAAAGCUGUGAUCGCAACGACUCGAAAUGCUUGGACAGGUACAGCUCAGCCGUGUUAGAGAACCUGGAUCCUGAAGGAAGACAUUCACCAGGUGAUCCACCCGUACAGAGCAGCACACCCUUUGCCAGUCGACCCAUCAAUCCAACUCCAGCCCAAGCUGCGGGCAGACCAACACCCACGGCAAGCCGCCCGACAAACCCCACACCACGUCAGGCAUCAAAUGUGAUUGGUAGCGAGGUUGCAGGUAUGUUUCAGCUAUUUCACCAGUAAGCAAGUUAUCGUGUAGCAGAGGUUAUUACUGGUAAACUGGCAGUUCUCAAAGUGAGAAAUGACGCUUAUCCGUUUUGUUGUAUGUACUGGGCUCGUAUUUAGAGCAAAACAAACAGCCUGAGAGAGUUAGUCCAGAUACCUGGGAGCGGUUGUUCAAAGGUGGGUUAGCGCUAACCCUGGGUUAAAAUUUAACUUGAUAUUUUGGUUAAUGUAUUUCUGCACGUCUGUUUAUUUCAAAACUUUAGAGAAGAAAACUCCAAUUGAUCCAGACAAUAUUUCUGAAGAAAUAUUUCCAAAUUUAUAAACAAGCCUAUUGGAAAGUUUGCUUUAAAUUUUAGGUUAACUUAGACAACUUAGGGUGAAGCUACAACGCUUUCAAACAACUGGCUCCUGAUGUACAACCCUGUAAAAUGUUGUACUAAAACGUCUUUUCUAGAUUCUCCACGUAAUGUGCAGUCGAUCUUGGAUUAUACCCCUCUAGAAGCUCUUGUAGAAACACAAAAUGAAGUAUCUACUGUGGACGAUAAUGACACCGCUUUGGAUUUGAUGUCAUCAAGUAAGUGACGUAAUAUAUUGUCACUUCCUCUCUCAUUCUUUUUUUGUCUUUGUUCCCUUCCUUUUUCCUCCUUGCUGGCUUCCUCCAUGAUUGUCACACAGGUGGAUCUACUAAACUCUAUCGUACAGCUGAUGGUGAUUUAGAAAAUGUAUUUUGUAUUAUUUGGUAGCAAAUAGAUACAAUUAACUUAUUAAGAGAUGUAGUUUUAGUUUACUGUCUCAUCUACUUAUCAGUGUUAACAUAUCUGACCAAAUUCCCAUAGCUGUAGAAUUGUCAUUCUGGGGGAAAUUUGAAACAAAAAUUUCGUGUUUGUUGCAUCACAUAUAUGGAGGAUAGACUGUUACAAGUAAAUUAAAGACUAAAGUUCAGUAACUAUUUAUUGCAGUCUUAACUUAAUAUUUUAUAAUUUUGUAUCCCAUUCUAAUUUUUAGCAAACAGUCAAUACGAUGACGAUGGUCGGCAGAAAAGCUUGUAUGUUGACGUCACUGGUUCACCACGCAAGGAUACAGUCAGAUUACCAAAUGUGAUAUUGGGAGGAAAACCAGGCGCAUUACCCAACACGCAGGUAAGGAAGAAAAACGCCUCUAAAUUAUUUUAUUUUCUACUAACUGAAUUGGAGUUCCUGGUUAAAAUGUUAUUAGUGCGCGCUAAAUGUUGUUAUACUGAAUUAUAUUGAGUUUUUGCAUGGAGAGAUUUCUAUCUAUUGAAACUGACCAAUGCUUGUUUAAAAUACUCAUUUUCUGAGUACGAUCAUAUAUACUGGUUGUAGAGCUGCGGGAAAUACGAUUCAUUUGCAUAUUUCGAUAACAAAGCAUUGGUGGUUCAGUGGUAGAAUUCUCGCCUGCCACGCGGGAGGCCCGGGUUCGAUUCCCGGCCAAUGCAUCUUUUUACUCUUCCCUUCAAAAUAUUGUUACUUUUUGUCUCAAUUAGAACGAAUAUUUUUUCUCUCAUGUUGCAAACACAUGGCAAUAUUUGACAACUAGGAAUCAGAUUUAAAUGUGAAGAUCAGAAGCAUUUAUUGAGAAAUUUUAAAUGCAUCCCCAUUACACAGCUAGAGCCAGUCCUUUGUACCAACAAUUUCAGGUAAAUUUCGUUUGCAGGCAACGCGAAAAAUCGACGUUUUCGUUUGAAUAUAUAAAUCAUUUAUAAAGUAUUCAAAAAAUUGGAAAAUGUAUUUGCCUAUUUUCUGCAGUAAUUUAUAUCAAUAAGCGAAUAGUAGAAUUUGGCAAAUGAUAUGUAGUUGAUUCGAUAUGUGGUUGAUUCCAACAGCGACCUAAAGUUUUAAAACUAAAAAUUGAGCUUGUAUGUGUUGUUACUGUAUGUGUACCCUGGGUGCCAGAGGUUUUUCGCCUGUCUCCAUGAAAUAAAAAGAUCCACGGCGGAGUAAAAAGAGGGGGCUCAGGCGGGAAUCGAACCCGCGGCCUCUCGCACCCAAAGCGAGAAUCAUACCACUAGACCACUGAGCCUUAGUUGAAAGUAGGCGAACAAUAAAGUGAUAUAAAGCGUUCAUUGAUACCUGUAAAACAACGUGCACUUUGUCGACAUACCUGCUUGCGUGUACACGUUGUCCUGACAACCACCGGAAGUGCGUGACCUUUGUGAUAUGAGUUCACUUUUAAUUGGCGCACUUUGGUCUGUGCUUUGAUGGUAUUCAAUGUUUUUACGUUUUAACCCUCUCUACUUAGUUUCUACGUAGUAAAUUUGUUUCACCGCGUGGUUUUACGUAUAUCUUUUGAAGAGAUGUCAAAGUUGUAGAUUACAGCAUCUUGUGUUUAAUAUUUAUUUCUAUGCGUGUCCACGCAUCGAACCAUGUAUUUCUACCAUUCACUUCUGGGUCAUGUCCUUCGCUUAUCCUUUGCCACUGUUCUUUUUCUGGUGACGUUUGUUGUACAUAAGUUGUUCGGAGUAGUUUUUAUAUAGACAUAUGUGAAGAGUGAUAGAUUUGGAAAAUUUGGUACACUCCAUCGUUGCGCAAAACCUGUUACUUGUCCUGUUUAUUUCAGUCAUAUUUUGAAACAAAUGAAUUCUACCUCUCUUAUCUAGUUCUCAAUGAUAGAAGAUCCGGUACGACGCAAAGUACAAACAGUAUCCGUGGUUGGUAAAAAUGGGCCCAACAUGCGAGGUUUUGAACUGUUUCCACCAGAGGUUGAUUUCGGUAUAUUGAAAGAAGGAUGUACUUACAUACAUCCCGUAGUAUUGAAGAAUAUUGGUAUUGAUAGUUGUAGGUUUAAAAUACGUCAACCUCCUCCAUCUACUGGAAUGAAAGUUCUCUUUACACCUGGACCGGUAUGUUUCCCUUUGUCAUUUAAUUGUUGUAUAAGAAAAACCUCCCAACGACAUGAAAAUCAUGCGAUCCUCAUGAGGAUAAAACUAAGACCCUUCGGCUUUUCAUUCAAACAUAAUCUCUCAUUCAUCUCAAACAUAAUCUCAUUCAUUUAUUUUAUAUGAGUGUGUUAGGAAACAAGGCGCUAGUGAGGGUACUGGACAUUGAAGUGUUCAAUCAUUUUUUUAAAAGUGCUUAAAAUGUAUAAACACUAUAAAGGCAUUCAUUCGUAGCCAUGCUAAACUAAAGUUCUGUGCAGCGACAAAAUUUCUGUUUAAAUGUUAACCUUUCAUAAGAACUUCAGAAAGUCGGUAAUAUACCUUAUAUAAGAUUAAAAAUCCAUUUCACCGUUCGUUUUAUAUUUUGUUAGGUUGCAGCAGGAAUGAACACAAAACUGGACAUCGAGAUAUUUGCUGUUGCCGUUGGCGUCUCUGGAGAAAGCGGUAUUGGUUCAAUUGGACAUCAUAUUGAGAUUGUUGGUGAAACUGAUAUAAUAUAUUUACCUGUCACAGCAAGUAUCCUUUUCAGGCCAAAGAUUUGUUCCAUUAUUUGCAUGUCUAUCAUGGUGAUUGCCUAUAAUGCAGGUGCAUAUUUUUAGUGUCAGUCGUUUCAUAACCGAUGCAGUUAUCACACUGAGCAAGUAAUGUUUGUUCUUAAUAAUCAUGCAGCUAUUUUAACAGCCUACGAAUACGACAAUCGUUCAUCUUCGCUACCGCAAGGCUAUCAUUCCCCUGGCACUCAGAUGAUCGCCAAUCGUCCACCAUCAAGGGAAGCGAUCAGACCUCAGAGAGAUCAUAUCUAUUCCAAUGUUGCAAAACAUUUUUGA